AUGUUCCGUGCUACUAGCUCCCGCAUGGCUGGCUUCGUGUUCCGUGAGAACCGUGUGCCCUACUACCAGCGUCUCUUCCAGAACCACGAUGGCAAGCGCCAAUGGUGGAAGACCUCCCGCUCCGGUUACAUCAUGUACCCCUACCUGCUCUCGGUCUACGGCCUCGGUGCUGCUACUACCUACGCUAUGUGCCGUAUGGUUCUCGGCCACAAGACUUGGAUCUAA